CCAUUCACUCCUCUCCGGUAGACAAUUUCGCCUAAAUUUAGAGAGAGAGAAAGACAGCGCCGACGUAGGAGGCGGAGCGCGGGUUUCGGAGAGAGAAAAUACCAGAAAUAUGGCGUGCUCUGGAUAUUCUUCCAUUUUAGGAAGCCCUAAUUCCGCCAUUCUCUCCCCUCCUUCUUUUACAUCCUCUACUAAAUUGACCUCACUUUCCUUCAAUCAUCAUCGUCUCAACUCACUCCGCUUUGAUCAUUCUAUAACUCGACAUAACUCGAGCAUUCAUCGUCGUCACCGUCAUCUCAAUUUUGUGGUUAUGGCGUCUACUAGUAACUCCAGGCCACUGAGGAUUAUGAUAUCGGGUGCUCCGGCAUCUGGCAAAGGGACGCAAUGUGAGCUCAUAACUGACAAAUAUGGUUUGGUGCAUAUUGCUGCUGGAGAUUUGCUUCGGGCGGAGAUUUCAUCUGGAAGUGAAAAUGGAAAACGAGCAAAGGAAUACAUGGACAAAGGACAGCUGGUUCCCGAUGAAAUAGUUGUGAUGAUGGUUAAAGACCGUCUGCUGCAGCCUGAUUCACAAGAGAAGGGCUGGCUUUUGGAUGGAUAUCCAAGGAGCUUAUCUCAAGCAAUCGCUCUAAAGGACUUAGGGUUCCAGCCUGACCUUUUUAUUCUUUUGGAAGUUCCUGAAGAAUUGCUUGUUGAGAGGGUUGUUGGACGGAGAUUAGAUCCUAUUACUGGAAAAAUUUACCACCUAACUUAUUCCCCUCCCGAGACUGAUGAAAUUGCUUCCAGGCUCACCCAGCGGUUUGAUGACACCGAGGAAAAGGUAAAAUUGCGGUUGCAAACUCAUCAUCAAAAUGUGGAGGCAGUGCUUUCCAUGUACAAAGAUAUAAUUAUUAAGGUUGAUGGAAGUGCUUUGAAACAAGAUGUAUUUGCUGAGAUCGACAUGGCACUGUCCAAGCUUCUGGAGCAAAAGACUGCUUCAGAAUCUGUUGCAGCUUAGAUUUAAACUAGUAGUGAGCCUACACAUACAGUACCAUCCCUUUCUUCUAGCCAAAUAUUCCCUCUUUUUUUGUAACAAAACAUCUGUUUAUAUUUUCUGCGGCUUGUAAUCGUCUUGAUUGUUGGUAAUUCUUUUGUUGAAAGUUUUUGGUUGAUAUAUUAUGUAGAAGCAGCCUAGCUUUUAUAAGAACUCCCCAAAAUUGGUUUUUGCUGUGAACAAAUGACAGAAAUGAAGAUUAUUGUUUUAUAAACGAAAGCCUCCAUGGCAUUUAUACA